AAAAAAAAACACUGAAGUGACACCAUGAUCUUGUCUCCACUAUAAUACGGAAGACAGACUCGCCUCGAAUAUGGCCAAGGCAAAUAUCGAGAUGGACAUUCAGAGCCAUGAGGACUCGGCGGGAGGAAGACACGGUGAUGAAGGGCCUCUAAUCAAGUACUACCGUGCCAGCGAGGUCCUGCCGGGCCCCGUGCCGGCGCUGAACAAGCUCCUCAUGAAGGGGCCCGCAACCUGCGCCGCCAUUCAGGCGUCCAGCGGGAUCCUGAGUUUUGGGAUUGGAGUCGUAUUUGCAGCGUCGUUCGUGAUCGAAUGGAAUUUGCUGACUUUAUUGCGAGUUCCCAUCAUUACUGGAAUAAUGUUUGUCUUCGCUGGGAUCUUGUCUAAUCUUCUGUACAGACACCCUGAGCUUCUACAGACUUGUUUCGUCGCUAACAUCGUGUGUCUGGUCGUGUCUGUGAUUGGAGUGAUUCUCCUGAUCGUUGAUCUUCAACCAGGUGGAAAUACAAUCCAGAACAAGAUGGAGGUUCUGGUGCUGUGUGUGACUCUGAUGGACAUGAUCAUCGCGUCGGUGCUCAUAUACUGGUUUUACAGAGAGAAGCGUGACCAUAAACUGUGACGACGCCAUCGAGCAUCAGGACGGAUGUGUUCACAGCCUCAGCUCAGCGUUUCUCAGAAACAACAAGAAUAGAAUUGAAGAACUAAAGAAAGCAGAAGCAGAUUCUCAUCCCUCAUCAAACUGAAAUCAGUCAAGAUUUGCCGUGAGAACGGCACAAAUACACUGGACUAAAGACAACAACGUGACGACACGCUAAACCUCCAUUAUUUGCCUUUAAUGUGCCUUGUGUGGUGAAGUGGCGAUGCUGCUUGCAGCUUUAUGUGUUUAUUGUGUUUUAUUCCUCAUAAAGCUGGAUCAUUUUCCUCUGUAUAUAUUUUCACAUUUAUACAUUGAAUUAAUUUCAUUUAAAAAAACGUUAUUUCUGUACAUUACUCAUGAAUAUGUGUUAACAAACUCCUAUGAUUUAUUUCGUGUUAUUGUCAAAGUAAAAAGAUGGACUCAUAUCUGGAUGAUUUGACUUUAGCAAAUAAAUAUACAUUGUAAUUUGAGCUUUUUAUUACAUGUAAAGCUGGAAAUUAUUUCUUUGUAUAUAUUUUUAUUUUUAAAUUAAAAAAGACGGACUCACA